CAUCAAUGAACCGAGCGCAAGAAAGAUGAACACGAUGUCACAUCCAUUAAAGUGGCUCUUCUUCUUGUUGCUCUGUGUAAUAAACCUGAACAUCCAGUCAGUGUCCAGUGGCAACCAAAGCUCCCGAGGACAGACAGGAUCAUCACAGGAGAGGACGGGGACUUGUGAAGUAGUUGCUGCUCAUCGUUGCUGCAAUAAGAACAAGAUUGAAGAGCGCUCUCAAACAGUCAAGUGUUCCUGCUUCCCAGGACAGGUAGCAGGGACAACGAAGGCUCUGCCCUCUUGCGUGGAAGCGUCUAUUGUGCGACUGAAAUGGUGGUGUAAAAUGGAGCCGUGUCUGGAAGGGGAGGAGUGCCGAGUUCUUCCUGACCUCACUGGUUGGUCGUGCAUCUCUGGGAACAAAGUGAAGACCACAAAGGUGGGACGAUAACAAGAGAGGAGCUGAUAAACCACACCUGACCUGCUGCAGUCAACUUUAGUAACACUGGACCCCU